UGAAUCCUGAUUAAAAUGACUAUUCUUCUUGCUGUAAUUUUCCAUAAAUUGGACACAGCUGAUUUAGUUUGUUUCGUAUUAUAUGCUUGUACUUAUACAGGGACCCAAGUAAAAGAUGUAGUGAUCAAGUCUGAUGCCCCCAGUGCUCUACUGUUGGACAAGCAUGCAGACUAUAUUGCUGCCUACGGCUCCAAGAAGGAUGACUAUGAGUACACCCUGUCAGAAUAUCUGCGGAUGUCAGGUAUCUACUGGGGCCUGACGGUGAUGGACUUGAUGGGUCAGCUGACCAGGAUGAACCAACAGGAGAUCUCUGACUUCAUCAAGUCCUGUCAGCACGACUGUGGAGGUAUCAGCGCCAGCAUCGGACACGACCCACACGUCCUCUACACGCUCAGUGCUGUACAGAUCCUCUCGUUGUAUGAUAACGUGAACGUGCUGGACGUGGACAAGGUGGUGGAGUACGUCAGAGGACUGCAGCAGGAGGACGGAUCGUUCGCCGGAGACAAAUGGGGGGAGAUAGACACACGAUUCUCUUUCUGUGCUGUUGCAACACUCGCAUUGCUGGGUAAGCUGGAUGCCAUUAACAUGGACAAGGCUGUAGACUUUGUUCUGUCCUGUAUGAAUUUUGACGGAGGGUUUGGCUGCAGACCAGGAUCAGAGUCUCAUGCCGGACAGAUCUACUGUUGUACAGGGUUCCUGUCUAUAACAGGCCAGUUACACCAGGUGAAUGCUGACCUGCUGGGCUGGUGGCUCUGUGAGAGACAGCUUCCCUCGGGAGGUCUCAACGGACGCCCUGAGAAACUGCCUGAUGUAUGUUACUCGUGGUGGGUGCUGGCCUCCCUGAAGAUCAUUGGUAGGAUCCACUGGAUAGACAAGUCCAAGCUGAGGUCCUUUAUUUUGGCCUGUCAGGAUGAGGAGACGGGGGGCUUUGCUGACCGACCAGGAGACAUGGUGGACCCAUUCCAUACUCUGUUUGGCGUAGCAGGUCUGUCUCUGCUGGGAGAGGGCCAGAUAAAGGACGUCAACCCUGUUCUCUGUAUGCCUGAAGACGUGUUGGCGAGGCUGGGCCUGCACCCAGACCUCCUCAGUUAGCUCUUCACUCGUCUACACACACCAGGGGCGUGGUCACAUCUCUGUUGGCAAUUCAGGAAGAAAACAGACAAUUCUAUUGAAUUUACUGAACUGAACCCCAGCCUCCACCUCCCCACCUCUCCACCUCCCCACCUCUCCACCUCCCCACCUCUCCACCUCUCCACCUCCCCACCUCUCCACCUCCCCACCUCUCCACCUCCCCACCUCUCCACCCUCCACCCUCCACCUCUCCACCUCUCCACCUCCCCACCUCUCCACCUCCCCACCUCCCCACCUCUCCACCUCCCCACCUCCCCACCUCUCCACCUCUCCACCUCUCCACCUCUCCACCUCCCCACCUCUCCACCUCCCCACCUCUCCACCCUCCACCUCCCCAUCUCUCCACCUCCCCAUCUCUCCACCUCUCCACCUCCCCACCUCCCCACCUCUCCACCUCCCCACCUCCCCACCUCUCCACCUCUCCACCUCUCCACCUCUCCACCCCCCACCUCUCCACCCUGCACCUCUCCACCCUGCACCUCUCCACCCUGCACCUCUCCACUUCUCCACCCUGCACCUCUCCACCCCUCCACCCUCCAUCUCUCCUCCCUGCACCUCUCCACCCCUCCACCCUGCUCCUCUCCACCCUGCACCCCUCCACCUCCCAACCCUCCACCUCCCAGAUUUGGAUAAUCUAAUCCUGUGUAGGGUUAGUGAUUUGGAUAAUCUAAUCCUGUGCAUGGUUAGUGAUUUGGAUAAUCUAAUCCUGUGUAGGGUUAGUGAUUUGGAUAAUCUAAUCCUGUGUAGGGUUAGUGAUUUGGAUAAUCUAAUCCUGUGUAGGGUUAGUGAUUUGGAUAAUCUAAUCCUGUGUAGGGUUAGUGAUUUGGAUAAUCUAAUCCUGUGUAGGGUUAGUGAUUUGGAUAAUCUAAUCCUGUGUAGGGUUAGUGAUUUGGAUAAUCUAAUCCUGUGCAUGGUUAGUGAUUUGGAUAAUCUAAUCCUGUGCAGGGUUAGUGAUUUGGAUAAUCUAAUCCUGUGCAUGGUUAGUGAUUUGGAUAAUCUAAUCCUGUGUAGGGUUAGUGAUUUGGAUAAUCUAAUCCUGUGUAGGGUUAGUGAUUUGGAUAAUCUAAUCCUGUGUAGGGUUAGUGAUUUGGAUAAUCUAAUCCUGUGUAGGGUUAGUGAUUUGGAUAAUCUAAUCCUGUGUAGGGUUAGUGAUUUGGAUAAUCUAAUCCUAGUAGCAUCCAACAUUUUGGCGCUAAACAUUUUAUCCAAAUCUCAUCCUUCAUGGAGAGUUACUGAAUAGCACUGAGUCACAUUCACUUCAUCUGAGAUCCUUAAAUGGGUUUUUUUUUUUCCAGAGGGAGUCUGAGGGUGUGUCCUAAAUGGCAACCUAUUCCCUAUCUAGUGAACUCUUUUUGACCAGGGCCCAUAGGACUUUUUGUCAAGAGUAGUGCACUAAAUAGGGAAUAGGGUGCCAUUGGAGAAGCACUCUGUAUUAUAGCGAUAAUCACUUUAACAUAUGCAUUUAUUACUGUGUUUUUGUUUUCUGAGAACCAUAUUGAAGUGGUUGUUAGCGUCAACUUGUUGUGCUGUUACCUGAAAAGGCUUGGCGUCAAUUCCAUUUUAAAUGCAGUCAUUUCAGGAAGUAGACUGAAAUCAUCGAGAAUAGAAUCAUUGAGGAGAAUUGGAAUUUGAGUUUUGUUCGAGAAUUGACUGAAUUGAAAUGGAAUUGACCCCGACCCUGUUACCUGAAUGAUAUCCACCUGUCCAAGUGUUAAGCAAUGGACAAAUAAUACACUUAUGUGACAAUACAUAUCUAUCUACUCACCUGCAACAACAGUGUAAACUCAUCUUGUAGUAGGCAAUAAAUACAUUGAUUCAA